AUGGAUACCUACACUUUUGCGACAUCGAAACAGGUUGACUUUCCUGUAUGUGUCAAGAUCAACCAUUUAGAGGGUAAACAGACGCCCGUACUAUUUUCAACACUUCUGAGACAUCCUGAAAUCAGACACAUAGGAUCAGUACAGAACCCUAACUCUGAACUCUAUGUCACGGCUCAAAUAUGGGCCGAAUCCAAGCCUAUUGGCGUCCAUAGCCAAACACCUCAUAUGUUCUUCAAGAACACUAGGACUUGGAACAGGUGGUUAGAGCUACCCGUCUCUAUCAAGGAUUGCCCGAUCACCACCCAAAUCGCUGUCACAGUCUGGGACUUGUCGCCUCUACCUCUUAACGGAAGUCUAGAUCAUGCUGUGCCUUUCGGCGGCACAACUAUCACUCUCUUCGACGACGAAGGAGUUUUGAGAAAAGGUCGUCAGAAAUGUAAGCUAUAUCGGAAAAGGAGUGCGGAUGGGGCAUAUCCCUCUACAACUCCUCACGUUCCUCGACCUAGGCGCCGACGCAAAGAUGAAGGGCCUCCGACUUCCUUCCCCGAGGAAGAGGAGCUCAAGCAGUUAGAAGAUCUAUUCAGGAAGCACGAGAUGAAUGAAAUCCCGCAGAACGACUGGCUUGAUCAACUAGUUUUUCAGAAGGUUGGCAGACUGGCUAGGGAGGUUGAUGAUAAAGCGCGGAAGGGAGCGGCCGUUCGACAAGCUGAGCGUCGGAAAGCGAUCGCUGCUAACGGCGAAUCUAAUGAUCAAACAGAUGGAGCUGAGGUCGACCUUGACGAGGAAGAACGAUUCACACUUCACAUCGAUCUUCCACGCUUUGACUUUCCAAUCGUGUUUGAAGACUUCUCAUAUGAAGCCCCAAAACUGAUGCGUGACUUCCAGUCUGCAAAUCCAGCCACAGGUCCAAAUGCGAAACCAUCCCCAGAAGUGCGCUAUGGUCCAGGUAUUGCCGCUGGUAACAUGGUUGUGGAUGACGAGGAUUAUCCUGUUGUCAAGAUGUUCGAUCCAGAACAAUUCCAGAAAGAGAAUCCGUGCGAGCAAAAGCACCGUCGACUCGUGCGAAGUGAUCGCAAUGCCUAUUUCGAUGCUGAUCAGAAGCCGAAUGCAAAAGUCAGAGAUGAAUUAAACGAGAUACUUGCCUACGGACCAACACAAGAACUCACAACGGCUGAAAAGGAGACCCUGUGGGUGUUUAGAAGACAUUUGAGCAAAGACAAGCGAGCUCUCACGAAAGUCGUAAAAGCUACUGAUUGGAACAGCCCGCAUGAGGUCAAGCAGAUGAACGACCUGAUACCAAAAUGGGCGGAAAUCGAUAUCGACUCAGCUCUGGAGCUACUUGGCCCGGAUUUUGAUAAUGCAGUCGUCCGUGGUUACGCUGUCGAAAGGCUACGCAAAGCUGAAGACGAUGAGCUUCAGUUGUACCUGCUACAGCUGGUCCAGGCCCUGAAGUUUGAGAGAUACGACGAAGAUGAAGAAGGCUUUCCAGACACGUCCCUAGCAAAGUUUCUGAUUGAGCGAGCGGCAAUAAACUUCAAGCUUGGCAAUUAUCUGCAUUGGUUCUUGAUGGUCGAGUGCGACGAUCGAGGUCCUGAUACGAAUGCUGCUAACCGGAAAUUAUUUGCCAAAGUCGAAUAUCAUUUCAUGCUUCAACUCGAAAACCAGAAUCCUGAGCAGCGAAGAAUGCUGAAGAGGCAGGGUGAGAUGGUCGCAGUAUUAUCUAAGAUCAGUAAGGAAAUCAGGUUCGGACGUGAUAGUCGUCCACACAAGAUUGAAAAGCUCAAAAAGUACUUGGCAGAUCCCAAGAACGAACUGAUCAAGGUUGAUCCACCUCUACCACUGCCACUCGAUCCAUCAAUCGAGGUCAGUGGUAUAUUUCCGGAAGACUCUAACGUCUUCAAGUCGUCGCUCUCGCCUCUUCUGCUGCACUUCAAGAUAGCAUCCGCAGAUGUGCCUGACGAUGCGCCGUCGAGUCCACUCAAAUCACAGAAACUCGCAGAACAGCCCAGGUUCUCUGUCAUAUUCAAAACCGGGGACGAUUUGAGACAAGAUCAGCUCGUGGUUCAGAUCAUCUCACUCAUGGAUAGGCUCCUGCUUAGAGAGAAUCUUGACCUCAAAUUGACACCAUAUCGUAUCCUGGCCACUUCUCCACAGGCUGGUGCCAUACAGUUCAUACCCUCGACACCUCUCUCAGCUGUAUCAUCGCAGUACAAAGGGUCAGUGCUGGCAUUUCUUAAGAAAGAACAUGCAGAUUCAUCAGGUCCUCUCGGCGUGCGUAAAGAUGUCAUGGACACAUAUAUCAGGUCUUGUGCUGGAUACUGCGUGAUCACUUACAUACUAGGUGUCGGCGAUCGACACUUGGACAACCUGCUCCUAUCAUCAAGUGGCAACUUCUUUCAUAUAGACUUUGGCUUCAUCCUCGGCAGAGAUCCUAAACCAUUUGCGCCGCUAAUCAAAUUGUGCAAGGAAAUGGUUGAAGGUCUUGGGGGUACGACUUCGCCGCAAUAUGCUCAGUUCAAACAGUAUUGCUUUACAGCGUUCACCACGUUACGCAAAUCAAGUCCCUUGGUGCUGAACCUCUUCAGCUUAAUGGUGCAAAGUUCUGUACAGGAUGUACGUAUGGUAGAGGAGCAGAUGGGUGGAUUUGGUGGUGCAGUUGCCAAGGUCAGAGAACGGUUUCACCUUGAUGUUACAGAGGAAGAGGCUGUCAGACUGCUUGAUCAGGUCCUAGCAGACAGUGUCAAUGCUGUCUUUGGUGUAGUGAUAGAUAGGCUGCACGAGCUUGUGCAAAACUGGCGAGCUUAG